AUGGAAACCACUGGCACCCCUGAGGCUACGGGAACAGGCAAGUACAUUGCCUCAACACAGAGACCCGACGGGACCUGGCAAUGGAGGGUCAAAGAAGGCUACGUGCCCCAAGAGGAGGUCCCAGUUUAUGAAAACAAGUAUGUGAAGUUUUUCAAGAAUAAACCAGAACUUCCUCCAGGGAUGAGCCCUGAGACCACUACACCCAUCACCCCAUCCAGACCCGAAGGUGGUGAAGCAGGCUUCUCCAAGACAGCCAAACACAACCUGAAGCAAAAGGAGAAGAGGAGGCAGCAGCAGCAGGAGGAGGAGGCAGAGGCCUUGACCGUGUCUCUGGAAGACACGGUCCAAACACCCAGCGCCCUCCAAGACUCCCUGGCCUCCCCUCUAACUGCUCCUGAUGAAUCCUACUCUGCUGCCACCACAGAGAAAGCCAAGAAGAUCAAGAACCUAAGGAAGAAGCUGCGGCAGGUGGAGGAGCUGCAGCAGCACAACCAGGCUGGCGAGGUCAGCCAGCCCAGCAGAGAGCACCACGAGAAGCUGGCCUGGCGGAGGCCUCUGGAAGAGGAGCUGGAGGAUUUGGAGCUGGGCCUGUGA